UUGCGGUGUCCAUUGGCGCCUUUGGAAUUAAGCUCGCACUUUCAUUCUUCUCCCAAACAGCGACCACCCUCUCUGCUUCCAUUCCCUUUGAACUUCGCACAACACUUCUUCUUCUUCUUCUUCAAAUUGUUCCGUUCACCGAUUAUGGCUUCCGUAACUGAAUCUUCUUUGAUAUCGAAGCUCCAAUCCGCCGAUUCCGCCGGAAUUUUCACACAAGUCUACGAUUACCUCCGUCCCCUCGCCGAUCUCAGCAAAAACAACAAGUCCUCCAAGUCCAAACCCGAUCAAACCCUAAUCCGCUCCCUCGCUAAGCGUUUUCUUCCAUUCCUCAACAGCUCUCUGUCCGUUCUCCCCAAACACCUCACUAACAUUUCCAAAUCAGGUUCCUCCGACGGCGCCGUUGUGCUCGAGCUCUUCCAGGUUUUCAAGCUCUGCUUGGAUUGCUUGGAAUCCGUGGCUUCUCAAUUGGAAUCCAAGCCCUUUUCAGUUGAGUUCCUGAGAGUUCGAAUGGUACAAUGUCUCGAAGCUUGUGGUAGGGUUGACGACGCAGAAGCUGAAGGUUUACGGAUUUUGGAGAAUCUUCAGCCUACUUCGAAAUCGACAAAGAGGAAGGCGAAGAUUCUUCCCGAGGUAGAUAAGGGCGGCGUUGCUGACAAAGAUAAGGAGUUGUCUUUGUUGGUGGUUCAGAUUGUUGUGGCACUAGUGAGGUGUGCGGCGGUGGGGACUAGUAAAGAGUAUGCGCGCUUCAGGAGGGUGCUUGAUUUGGUGGAGGAAGUAAGGCCAUGGCUCAGGGGGUUAGGUGCCAGUUCUUAUGAUAAACACCAAGCGUUAGUGAUUAAUCUGGGCAAAUGCGCUUUGAGUUUACUGGGGAAGACAUGUUCUGAUAAAGAUCUGGUAGUCUCGUUCUGCCGCAUGACAUUGACUGAGUAUGUCAAAUCUCCGGUCAACGAUCAAGUCUACAAGAUUGCCCGAAGGAUGUGCUCUUCACUGUUAGCUCUGCAGGGGGAUGAAUCCUUGUAUAUUAUUGAUAUAUUCGAUUGUGUUGCUUCUGAGUGCAAGCUUGAAGAAGGCAAUGCUGGAAUAGAAUUUAUUGAACUUGUAAAUUAUUGUGCCAACAAAUGUCAGCCUGCAAAUGCAAGUUUUUGUAAUACAUUUGCAGCAUAUUUGAACAAAAUAGCAGAGCGUUUUCAAAAGGUUUUGACACCUAUCAACUCAGUACUCAGGCUAUAUGCUGCUGGAUUGCUCCUUGUUAGCUGCAGUUUGAGGUCCAAGGUUGGAGAUCUUGCAGCCUCUGAAAGUGCAAAAUUUGAAUGUCUACUUGGCACUUUAAUGGAAAAUCAGAAAAUGAUACAGACUUCGCCACCUUUGCUUGGUCAAGCAUUUGCCUGGUUAGAUUCUGGCUGUGAGUCUUAUAUGACUUACCUGCCAUCUUACUCAGAGGCAUUGAAGUUUCUAUGCAAACCACUUGCUAAAUCAGUUAAUUCAGAAAGGAAGCAGUUAGUUACUGAGGAGGAUGAUGCUUCUGCCAUAACAAUGCUGUCCACAGUCCAAGAUGCAUUCUAUAUCCUUUGUCAAAUUCUUCUUUCUAGCCUAAGCUUUACAUCUGAAAAGAACACAGAUGAAUUUGAUGAAAACAGCAGAACAUUGCUUAAUGUAGCUCUAGCAACCUUCACUCUUUCUAUCAGAACUAAUCUUAAACUCCAGGAGAGCACAAGAUUAGUUAAGCAGAUGAUGGCGAGUAAAUGGAUUGAUACUGAAGGGAUGAAAUACAUAAUUGCUUCUCUCUACAAUAUUGCUGUAGCUUUGUACAGAAACAAGCAGCCAAAUGAGGCUUCUAAGGUUCUAAACCUGUGUUGCAAAGCAUCCUGGAUCUGUAUUAAAUGUUAUUGUGCUAAUUUCACGGAAGGGGCUCCGAAAGAGUUUGUAAUAGAGGCUUACAAAAGAAGUGCUCUACUCUUAGAUAUUCUUUAUGACAUCAGCAGUCCUAAGAUACGAAAGAAAGUGAUUAAGAUCCUUACAAACUGGUCCACUGCCAACAAUCUGUUUCAGGAUCUGCCAACUCCUAUUCCUGUAUUGAAGCAGUGGGUGAAGAUAGAAUGUAAACAAGCUAAGCAGGUAGAUGAGGGAGUUGAUUCUCUUACCUUGUACUCUCUCCUGUCAUCUUCCACUGAGUUUUCCAAGAGGAACAUUAGCAUCAUCCUGGAGCAGGAACUUCAAGCAUAUGAGGAAAUUAAUCUUAAAUAUGCAGAAUUCUGUCAGAAAAUGCAAACGAAAAUUAUAAAUAUCCUCCUGAAAGAUAUAUACAUCACACCAGAUACUUGUUUUCAAAAGGCACAAACUCUGGUUAGAAAGGGAAAGGCACUAAGGAUGUGUGGUACUGGCGAUCUUAGGGACUGCAUUCAAUGUUUCUCAGAAGCAAUAACUAUCAUGAAGGAGAUAUUUGGUGAGACGGGUGCUGAUAAAAAUGCCAUUGAGCAUCAGUUGUCGGUGGCCUAUUGCAUGCGUGCACUUUGUACCCAAGAAGCUGAACCAAGUUCAAAGCAAAUCUUUGAAGAUGUCAAAGCUACAUUGGAUCUAUGGUUGGGUAUUUCUCCUCUUGGUUGCUUUGAGGAUGGAGACUGUUAUCUGCCUGACAGUAUAAUGAUUCUACUCUGCAAUAUAAUAGAUUUAAUACAACUGAAGGGUUUCAUGGAACUCUCCAGUAAUGCAUACAAGCUGCUGAGUAGAAUGUUUAAAUGGAAGAAUGUCUCAAUUGAGAAGUGGUUGACUUUUCUUUGGGAAAGUAGAAGGCUAAGUCAUGCUCUAUGUGUUUCACCUAUCUGUGAGGCAUUCCAGAAUUCAUUAGAGCACUUUAAUGAACUUUCAAAUAUUGAAUCUUGGACACGUUAUCUUCAAGGAAACCAUUCAUCAUUAAUAGGGUUUCAGCAGAUUUUCUCAUUUUUACUUUCUAGCUCUCAUAAAAAUUCUUGCUGUAGUGGAGACUCUUUUCAAAAUGACAUUACAGCUGAUGAUGUUCAAAAGGCUGCUCUGGAACUGAUUUCAAAUGUUUCUGUUCCAAAUCAUUCCACUUUUCUUGCUGGUUAUCUUUACUAUGAUUUGUGCCCAAGGCUUGUUGCAAAUGGACGGUUAAUAGAGGCUCUUUCAUUUGCAAAGGAAGCCCACAAAUUACAUUCUAAACUCUUCCAUCUUAAAUUUACGCACGUUGUUAAGCAGAUGAAUGAAGAGCACAAUGUAAUAGUUGAUUUCUCUAAGAAUCUUAGGGAUGGAGUUGAUAGAAUUGAAGUGAGCAAAUCAGUUGCUAGGGAAACUUUGCUAUUUGAUUCUAUAUCAUGGAACUUGGAAGAAUUUUAUCUUAGUCCAUGGAAAAUAUUGCAGUGUUAUCUAGAGAGCACUCUUCAGGUAGGAAUUAUCCUUGAAAUGAUCGGAGAUGCAACUGAAUCUGAAACUUAUCUCCAGUGGGGGAAAGCCAUAUCUGAUUCACUGCAGCUGCCUUUGUUUACCGUUGCUUUCUCUUCUCUCUUAGGAAAGCUCUAUGUUAAGAAAAGACACUGGGAUUUAGCAGAAAAGGAACUUCAAAGUGCUCAGGAAAUUUUGAAGAAAAGCGACACAAUGUUGUGUUGCUCAAAGUGUAAACUGAUUCUUGAGGUGACACUUAAUCACUUUUUUGGAGAUUUGUGUCAAAGUAAAUUUGACAGUUGUGAAGGGACUACUAAUGGAAAGACCGCAAAAUAUUGGUUCACAUCAGCUCUAGAUAAAUUAAAUCUUUCUGUGUGGAAAAACUCUCUUAGCUGUCCUGACAAUGGCAGUGAUGAAACUGCAAUGGAUGUUAAAUGUGGUUCUGCUAAAACUUGUACUUGCUCUACAAUGAAUGAAAUGGGUGAAAAAGUGAGGAAAUCCAUGAAAGCAGGGCCAGCAUCCAAGAUUGGAGAAAAGAAAAAUAAAAAGCUAAAGAAUGCAGCAAAGGUUUUAACAAAGGAUACAAAUUUGUCUAUUGAGAAUAAACCAAGGAUAACCCGUUCUAAAUAUCGAGCUUCACAAAAUCAAGAUAUAAGCAUUUCCAGCAAGUCAGAAGUUGUACAAAGUGUGGAUGGAAAUUUUAUUUCCAAUCCAUCUUGUAUGCUAAACAGGAAGGAGUCAGAUUUGAAUACUGCUGCAACAUGCAUUUUCUCAAAAAUGAGGUGUUGGCACUGUCUUCCUUCAGAAGUCUUGGAAUCUGGUUUACUAACUGAUUUUAUUAAUCUGAAAUGGGAGUUUGUCCGGAGAAAAAUGUCAAUGAAGUUGCUUACUCGAUUAGUGAAAUGCUUUGCAUAUCCCAAUCAAAUUGAUGAAGUUCAUAAAGUUCUUCUAAGAAGUGUAUCAGUUCUAGCCAGCAGAAAUCCAUUCUACCAAACAUUCUCCUCUAUUCCUUUAGAUUAUUUUGUGCUCAUGGUCCCAAAGGAGAUCCCAGGAGAUGUAUUUACAAUUGAACGUGCAGAAAUACUUUAUGAAAUAUGUUGGUAUUCUUUGAAAUGCUAUCACUCCAAGGCUGCAAGGAACAUUUUCCGUAAUGUAAAUUCCAUCAGGUUUGAAGACCUGGCUUCUUGGCUGAUGGUAGCCUUCAUACUCUCUCGUGAGGUUUCUGUUAUUUUUCAGAAGGUGUCUAAAUUACUUGCUGUAAUACAUGUUUCCACCUUGAGGGAGCAAAUUUCUAUGUCAUCUCUUAGCCAAACUUUGAGUGAAAAUUAUUGGGCUUCGUAUUUCCACCAAGCUUCAAUUGGAACUCAUUAUACUCACCAAUUUCUUUCAAAUCUAACUGGGAGAUGCAAGGGUUCAUAUAUAUCUAAAUCUUGCAAGCAAGAAGGCUCAUUCAACUUACUCAGGCUUGUACCUGAUACCUCUGCAGAUCUUGCAGAAUAUGUGAAAAAGUUUCUAGCUAGUCUGCCAUCUACAACAAUAAUCUGCAUAAGUUUUCUUGGACAUGAUUAUGCUAGUUUACUUCAGGAAUUGUUGCUUUAUCCUACAAGUGUUAAAGUAUGGAUGCAGGUCUCACGACUGAGUUUUAAGAGUGAACCCAUUGUAAUGUUACUGCCUCUAGAUUCUAUUUUGCAAGAUUCAAAUGAGGAUGAUCUUAUAACUGGUACACUUCUUGAAAAACCUAGUGAAAAUUGGCAUUGUCCGUGGGGUUUCACAGCAGUUGAUGAUGUUGCUCCAGCAUUCAGAACAAUCUUGGAAGAGAAUUACUUGUCAUCACUAUCUCCUUUUGAAGAUACACCACAGAAUAGAAUUUUAUGGUGGAAGAGAAGAAAAAACCUUGACCACCGUCUUGAUGAAUUGUUGAGGAACAUUGAAGACUUGUGGUUUGGCCCAUGGAAAUGCUUGCUUCUUGGAGAAUGGUUGAAUUGCAAGAACUUUGACUUGGUGCUCAAGAAUCUUGUGAAUGAUCUAAGAUCGAAGUGCAAAAUAGAUGUAAAUGAGAGUCUUCUUAAGGUUAUUCUUGGAGGCUCUAAAUAUGUUAGUGAAGGGAAAACAAUUGUUUCACAACUAUGCUCAAGGAAAGACUGUUACGUUUCUAAAGUAGGUUAUUGUGAUGAAGCAAGGAGUGGGAUAUUGUUAAAUGCUGCCAAUGAGUUUAGAGUAUCAUCUGAGGUCGCUUUUCAGCUGUUAAAUGACGCAUUAGAAGUGCUGGAAGUUGAUGACACUGUUAAUAGAGAGCCAGUAAUUCUUGUGUUGGAUUAUGAGGUGCAGAUGCUUCCUUGGGAAAGUUUGCCCAUAUUAAGAAACCUGGAAGUUUAUCGGAUGCCUUCAGUUAGCAGCAUCUCUGCUGUCCUUGAUAUCAGUGGCAUCCAUCAGGAACAGGAGGGAAGAAACCUAGUAUCUUUUCCUUCUAUAGAUCCAUUGGAUGCCUUCUAUUUAUUGAAUCCGGAUGGUGAUCUCUCUCGCACUCAAAUUGAAUUUGAGAACUGGUUUAGAGAUCAAAAUCUUGAGGGAAAGGCAGGUUCCAAACCUACCGUCAAAGAACUAGCUUCAGCAUUAACAAGUCAUGACCUUUUCAUAUACUUUGGGCAUGGCAGUGGAGCACAAUACAUUCCGCGGCACGAGAUUCAGAAACUAGAGAAAUGUGCUGCUACGCUACUAAUGGGGUGCAGCAGUGGUUCAUUGACCUUGCAGGGGAACUAUGUGCCACAAGGUGUUCCCUUGUCAUAUCUGUUGGCUGGUUCUCCGGUUAUUGUUGCCAAUUUGUGGGAAGUGACAGACAAGGAUAUAGAUAGAUUUGGUAAGGCUAUGCUUGAUGCGUGGUUGAAACAGAGGUCUGAUCUUCCAAAGGAAUGCUUCCAGUGUAACUUAUUAUCAGAGGAAUUUGAGGCGAUGAACUUAAAGGGUAAAGCAAAGAGGAAAGGUGCAAGGAAGAAAGUACAAGAAUCGACAGAAACUGAUUCACCUAGGAUCAACUGUGGUCACCGACCUAAAAUUGGAGCUUUCAUGGGCCAAGCACGUGAAGUCUGCACCCUUCCUUUUCUGACAGGGGCAUCUCCAAUAUGUUAUGGUGUUCCUACUGGGAUUUGGAGGAAGAAGAAUAUUUAGCCUCAAACAAAGCUCUUACACAACCACCCUUGUUUGAUAUGCUGUCAAGAAGUUCAUCUAUGUAUCAUGCUUAAUCCCAAGAAAAUAGGAAUUUGAUCCUACAUUACCGGAAAGAAAUACAAAUCCCAAUUCACCAAGCCAACUAACCAAACCUAAUCCUACAGCACUAACUUCUAACCAUCCAUUUAAUUUGUAUUUUUAUUGUACAAUUUGUCAUUGUACACCAACAGCUAGAUCAGAGCACCGUUAAUGUAGAGAAUAAAUCAUGAUUAUGUAAUGCCUUACUCAUAUAUUGGAAUCAUUUAAAAGCUCUAAUAGUUGGAUCGUCA